UUAACACGUAACGAAAUCUUUCAAUAUUAAAAUAAAAAUAAAUACAUAUUUUAUAAAAUACAAAACCAUAAAAUGCGAGAGGAAGUGGUUGUGCCAAAAAGUUAUCCAACAAAUCUUUUAAAUAAAGAUUGGAGCAAGAGGCCCUGCUAUUUUGAAAAAAAUGGCGAAAAAUUUCUAAACGAAGUGCAUGACAUGGAAGUCAGAGAUGAUGAUGUCUGGUUAAUCACAUUACCCAAAUGUGGUACAACUUGGAUGCAAGAACUGACAUGGUUGGUUUUAAAUGACUUCAAUUUUGAGAUCGCAAAACAAGAAUAUUUGGAAUUGCGGUCACCGUUUUUAGAAUUUGAAAUUGAUUUAUAUGACGGUGAAGGUAGUAUAUUAAAAAAUGUUACUAAACUAAAAUCUCCACGACUUUUAAAGACACAUAUGCCGUUACCUUUAUUACCACCUCAAGUAUGGACCAAAAAACCUAAAGUUAUAUAUGUAUUUCGGAACCCCAAAGAUUCCAUAGUUUCGCAGUAUUAUCAUGUUCGCAGGUAUGGCGGCGCUUCAGAUGUAACUCCAACGGAAUUUGCACAAAAUUUUAUUAAUGAUGAAAUGUCAACCCACCAACACUUCUUACAUGUCACCGAGUUCUAUGCGUUGAGAGAGGAACCCUGGAUUUAUUACACAAGUUAUGAGCGCAUGAAGUCUGAUCUACGAUCUGUCAUACAAGAUGUUUGUAAAUUUCUGAAUAAAAAUAUAACUGAAGCUCAAAUGCAGCAAAUGUUACAUCAUUUAUCUUUCGAAGAGAUGAAAAAUAAUACAAGAACCAAUCAUAUAUGGGAAGCAGAACAAGUACGUCGUAUAUACAACAAAAAAACUGAAGACAUUAGUUUCGUACGUAAAGGUAAAGUUGGAGGUUAUAAAGACGAUUUAACUCCAGAAGUGAUUGAUAAAAUCGAUAUUUGGAUUAAUGAUGAACUUAAACCACAUAAUGUCACUUUAAAUGAUUUGUUAUUACAAAAUAAUGAAGAGUUUUUAUUAACAAUUUUCACUUGUUCGACUCUGAUGAUGAUGACUACCACUACCACAGGACGUGUCAAACGUAGCUAUUCGGACCAAAGUGUGCACGGCUAUAUGACGGAGCGCACCUGCUGGUGGAAUGAAGUGUGUAAGGAGGAAUUUCAAAGUCUAUUUCGUUGCAAAUGUCCACAAUUUUCCUACUGCCGGUCACCGGGACGUUAUUACAAUGCCUAUUGUUCGAUGACUGACACCGGUUAUAUAUGGACACAACCCACUUGGGAUUGGGGUCCUUGAGGGCAACUACUUCAGACACAUUGAAAAGCCAUUCAUGUUAUAGUUAAUUAAAGAAGGUGCUCUUCAAAUUUAGACCCUAGCAAAUACGUGCACAUGCAUAAUUGCCAACAUAUAUACCACCAACACAAACGUAGAUCUCCGCACCCUAAAAUUGAUUCUUCCAAACACAAUAAUUAAAUGCACAUAUACAAUAUGAACUAGUUAUACUCAUAUAUAGGAUAUUUAUCUAUCUUAUUUAAUAAUCUCAUAACGAUAUAUGUACUAAUGAGUAUAUAUAUAUAGUAUAUAUAUUAGUUAGUAAGUGUAACUUGUUGAAUUUAAACUAA